AUACAAUAAUACCUACUAUCUACAUCCCCUAUCCAACCCAAUCCCCACCACCACCACCACUUCGGGGGUACCACACACAACCACCCCCUCCCCUCCUCCAAAACAAACCCAAUAGCAUGCGCCGUCAUGCGAUGGCCGCCAUGGGCUUCCAAACCGCCAUCCCCGGACCAACAACCACCAUCAACAUCAUCCCCCAACAAUGACCCCUCCAACAACGACAUAAUAGACUGGCACGCCUUCACCGAACCCCGAACCCUCCUCGCAACCCUAAUCCUCACAACCGGCAUCCUCAGCGCCGUCCACCUCCACAAACACUACCUCCGACGAAUCCCCACCGCCGUCGACAUCUCGCCCUCCUAUCUCCGUCGCAGGAGUAUCCUCGGCCAGGUAACGAGUGUCGGCGACGGAGAUAACUUCCGGAUUUAUCAUACCCCCGGUGGAAGACUCGCGGGCUGGGGUUGGUUACCGUGGAAGAAGGUCCCUACGUCGAAGAAGGAGUUGAGGGAUAGGACGAUUCAUGUUCGCCUUGCUGGAAUCGACGCCCCGGAAUUAUCACACUUCGGACGACCGGCGCAACCCUUUAGUAAGGAAGCGCAUGAUUGGUUGACGGAGUAUUUGAUGAAUCGGCGGAUACGGGCGUAUGUGCACCGACAGGACCAAUAUCAGCGGGUUGUGGCGACGGUGGUUGUACGACGGGCGCUGGAUUUUCCUAUUCCGUUUCGGAAGCGUGAUGUGUCGUUUGAGAUGUUGAGGAGGGGGUUGGCGACGGUGUAUGAGGCGAAGUUUGGGGCGGAGUUUGGGGGCGCGGCUACGGAGAGGAAGUAUCGGGGGGCGGAGUGGUGGGCUAAGACUAAGGGGACGGGGUUGUGGAAGGGAUAUCGGAAGAAGGAUGGGAAGUGGGAGAGUCCGAGGGAGUAUAAGACCCGGAUGGGGUUGGAGGAUUUGGGAACUGUAAAGGAGGUGGAGGGGAAGAAGUAGAGGGAUGUUGAUAUUGUUGCUGGCGUGGGCGUUUGCUGUUUUGGUAUGAUGAUACGAUUGAUAGAUAUCCCCCAUCGUUAUGAUUUCUCUCCAUGCCAUGUGAUGAAUGAAUGUC